UGUUGUGGAGUGGAACUGAGGUAAGAGAAGCUGAAGUUGCUGUGUUUCAAGCUGCUUAUAUAUCGGGUGAACGGACAAGGAAGAACGCAGGCACCUAUUACGCGAAAAAGCGUCCACCUACAGGUCUGCCAAUUUGGGUCAGAACCCACUUGUGAAUCUGAUCUGGUGUGUUCAGGUGUCCUGAGACAGGGGGCGCUAUUUCUAAAAUGAGUUCCUCAGAGGAGACCGAGACUGACGAUGGAACACAUGGCCCUGCGAGAAAGAGGGUUCGGGUAGAGAGGACAGGGUCACCUGUACCCAGCUGUCCGUCUAUGAAGAGUGAUCAUUCAAUGGAUCGUCCAAUCAACUUCAGAGGACAGUUCACAGGUGAUCAAAGGGUUCGGGUAGAGAGGACAGGGUCACCUGUACCCAGCUGUCCGUCUAUGAAGAGUGAUCAUUCAAUGGAUCGUCCAAUCAACUUCAGAGGACAGUUCACAGGUGAUCAAAGGAUUCCCUGCUCACUGUAUUUAAGUCGUUUAGACAAGAAGAGUUCAGAGAAACGUUCCCCCUUAAAACAGUCUCUCCUGCGCACUCUAAUGAAGCUGAAGAAGAGUGAAAAGUUGAAACUGUUUCAGAGCCAUCUGAGUCAGGGUUGCCCAGAAUGCUUUAACAGUAGAAGAACAGAAGAUCCUUCUCUACUGGAUAUGUUUAUGAAGAUGAAGGAAUUGUUCAAGAGUCAUCAAAUUGCUGAUUACCCAGAAUGCACUGAGAGAGAGCAAGAGGAUCCUGAGGCCCUGUACAUAGUUGAGAAGAUGCUGGAGACCUGUGGCAUUGAGGGGUCUCUGAAGAUCACACUCCAUAUCCUGAGGAACAUGAAGAAGAAGGAUGUCACUGACCCACUGGAGAGAGAUGAGCAGCACAAUGAAUUCAUAGAAAGAGCCCGGCAGGCACUGAAAACUCAUCUGAAGAAGAGGUUUGAAUGCAUAUUUGAAGGUUUAGCAAAGCAGGGCCACCAGACCCUCCUCAAUGAGAUCUAUACAGAGCUGUAUAUCACAGAGGGGGGAAGUAGGGGGGUCAAUGAUGAACAUGAGAUCAGACAGAUUGAGAUAGCAUGGAAGAGACAAACCACACAUGAGACUGCAAUCAUCUGCAAUGACAUCUUUAAGCCUUCACCUGGACAAGAGAAACCAAUCAGAACUGUGCUUACAAAGGGCAUCGCUGGCAUUGGGAAAACAGUCUCUGUGCAGAAGUUCAUUCUGGACUGGGCAGAUGGAAAAGCCAAUCAGGACAUUGAUUUCAUCUUCACUCUUCCUUUCCGAGAUCUGAAUCUGAAAAAGGAGAGAGAAUUUAGUCUCAUGGAACUUCUGCAGCAAUACUUUCCACAACUGAAAGAGAUCAAAAGUUUUGAAGAUGAUGAAGUCAAAGUUGUGUUCAUCUUUGAUGGUCUGGAUGAGUGUCGACUUCCUCUAAAUUUCCAAAGCAAUGAGAUUUGCUGUGAUAUAACAGAGUCAUCAUCAUUGGAUGUGCUGCUGACCAACCUCAUUAAGGGGAAUCUGCUUCCCUCUGCCCUCCUCUGGAUCACCUCCCGACCAGCAGCAGCCAAUCAGAUCCCUCCUGAGUGCGUCCACCAGGUGACAGAGGUACGAGGAUUCAAUGACCCACAGAAGGAGGAGUACUUCAGGAAGAGAAUCAGAGAUCGGAACAAGGCCAGCAAAAUUAUCUCACACAUAAAGUCAUCCAGGAGUCUCUACAUCAUGUGUCACAUACCAGUCUUCUGCUGGAUUUCUGCUACUGUUCUGGAGACAAUGUUGGAUAAAGUAAGUGGAGACCUGCCCAAAACCCAGACUGAAAUGUACACACACUUCCUGCUCAUUCAGACUAAUGUGAAGAAUGAGAAGUAUCAUGGCACCAAUGAGACAACCCCAAAGAAAAUGUCAGCAUCAAAUACAGAAAUCAUCCUGAAACUGGGGCAGCUGGCUUUACUACAGCUGGAAAGGGGCCAUCUGAUAUUCUAUGAAGAGGACCUGAGAGAGAUGGGCAUUGAUGUCAGUGAAGCUUCAGUGUACUCUGGGGUGUGCACAGAGAUCUUUAAAGAGGAGUGUGGGUUGGGUGAGGAGAAGGUCUACUGCUUUGUGCAUCUGAGCAUUCAGGAGUAUCUGGCUGCCUUGUUUGUGUUUCAUUCAUGUGUGAAUGAGAACAGAAAUGUACUCAGAGCAGAACAAUCAAAACCUCACAGUGACAGAGUCAGAGUGCAGCUGUCUGAGUUACACAGGACUGCAGUGGAUCAGGCCUUAGAGAGUAAGAAUGGACACCUGGACCUUUUCCUCAGAUUCCUUCUAGGUCUCUCUCUGGACUCCAUUCAGACUCUAUUAGGAGGAAUACUGACAAAGACAGGAAGCAGUUCAAAGAGCAUUAAGGGAACAGUCCAGUACAUUAGGACAAAGAUCGAAGAUGAAUCUUCAGCAGAAAGGAUCAUCAAUCUGUUCCACUGUCUCAAUGAACUGAAUGACAACUCUCUAGUGGAGGAAAUCAAGAAUUUCCAGAGAUCAGGAAAACUCUCUAAUGAAAAGCUAAAACCACACCAAUGUUCAGCCCUGGCCUUUGUGUUACUGAUGUCAGAGGAGAUCCUGGAUGAGUUUGACUUGAAGACCUACAACACAUCAGCAGCAGGUUAUCAGAGACUGCUACCAGUAGUCGGGAACUGCAGGAAGGCCAUACUGAACAGCUGUGGCCUCACAGAGAAGUCCUGUGAAAUUGUGGCCUCUGCUCUUCAGUCAUCAAACGCACCCCUGAGAGAUCUGGACCUCAGAAACAAUAACCUGGGAGAUUCAGGAGUGAAGCUGCUCUGUGCUGGACUGAUGAGUCCAGACUGUAAACUGCAGAGACUGGACCUCAGCUACAAUAACCUGGGAGAUUCAGGAGUGAAGCUGCUCUGUGCUGGACUGAUGAGCUCAAACUGUAAACUACAGACACUGGGGCUGGGUUGGUGUAAUCUCACAGAGGGCUGCUGUGAUGUUCUGGCCUCAGUCCUGCGCUCUCCUCACUCAGAGCUGAGAGAUCUGGAGCUCAGAGACAAUGAGCUGCAGGAUUCAGGAAUGAGAGCGCUCUCUGCUGGACUGGAGGACCCACACUGUAAA